CGAUUUUUUACAGAAUUCAAUUUUUUGUACAAGAAUAUUUUGAGAGAGCGAAUGAAAGGCAGCUAUGUACAUGUAUGCACGGAUCUUGUAUUAGCAUAUGGAUCACCGGCUCUUCCCAUCAUUAAACAAUGUAGGUGGAAUGCACUGAACUGUGCUAAUACUAUUAGUAUUAGUACAAUUCAGUGGUGAAAUGGAUAAUCUUUGUGAUUUCCGUUCCGAAUCCGGGGCCGUGGGCCAGAAAAUUCCAUUGAAUGUCCCCUCUACUUCGUACGUCGUCUGUGGCAUUAUAAAUCUUAAAUAACACCAUCUAGCGUUUCAGUCGUGCGAUAACUAGAAGCUUGUCGUCGAGGAGAAGGGUAAAAGUAGUGAAGGUAGUGCUCGUGGUGGUGUGGUGGUGGUGGUGGCGGCGGUUGAGAUAAGUACGGGGGACUGAGUGCACAUCAGCGAGAUCAAGCGGCAUUUUCUGUUCUAUGAAACAGUUUCUUAUCCACUGUUCACGUUUCAGAAGAUGAGCUGUAUAGUUUAAAACGUCGAGUACUUCACGAUUAGUAUAAUGUUAAAGGAUUAUUCGCAUAUUACGCAGGCGCUUUUGGGAACGUUAUUUACGUGGGCACUCACCGCAGCGGGUGCCGCACUCGUCCUUGUCAUACGUGGAAAACAACGCAAGCUUUUGGAUGUCAGCUUGGGAUUCGCGGCCGGCGUGAUGGUAGCGGCAAGUUAUUGGUCGCUAUUAUCACCUGCUAUCGAAAUGGCGACACUGAGCAAGCUUUAUGGAAUGGAAGGCGAAUACGCGUUUGUACCAGUUGGAGCUGGAUUUCUCAUUGGCGCAGCCUUUGUUUAUGGAACGGACUUGUUGAUAUCUUCCCUUGGCAUUCAGUCCCCCAAUGUGCUUUUAGCUAUGCAGUCAGUCGGUACGAAACAAAGAUGCAAGAUCCUUGCAAAACUAAAAAGUGACGAGGAUUUAGACGAUUAUGAUCCGUAUAACAACAUACAGAUUUCCGAUGGAAAACUAAAUACUCGAAUUGAGUCGACAACCAUCGAUGGUUUCAACGAGCAAAAUACAAGAAGACGUCAUAUUGCAAAUAUACAUAGACCAGCAGAAGAAGGAGAACUUGGAGCACUUUACGAAGACCUUCACAACGACCGUAAAAACAACCAGUGGAGAAGAGUCUUAUUACUCGUUGUUGCUAUAACAGUGCACAAUAUUCCAGAGGGUCUUGCUGUUGGAGUCGGGUUUGCUGCAGUGGGGAGUAGCGAAUCAGCAACUUUUGAAAAUGCACGAAACCUCGCAAUCGGAAUCGGUAUACAGAAUUUUCCCGAGGGAUUGGCGGUGUCCUUGCCACUUCAGGCGGCAGGGAUUGGCACACUGAAGAGCUUCUUCUACGGCCAACUCUCGGGGAUGGUGGAGCCUCUCGCUGGUGUCAUUGGAGCAGCUGGAGUAUCUCUCGCCGAACCUGCGCUGCCUUACGCACUUGCCUUCGCUGCUGGUGCGAUGAUCUAUGUGGUGAUCGACGACAUAAUUCCGGAAGCGCAUCAGAGAUCGAUCGACCCCGACGUCACGGUCGCCGCAGUUUCCCUGGGUGGCUGCAAGACAACCUCGAGAGCUUGCACGGGUUUCGCUGGAACCUACGCCGGGGUGCAGGCAUAUAAAGAACAAAUAAAAUUUCAUUCGUAUUGGACAAGAAUAGUAGCAGUUGUUGGCAACUCGCAAACUUGUACGCUUUGAAUGUGAAUAGCGGUACUUUUAAAGGAUAUUUCGAGCUCAUCGCAGGAUCAUAUGACAGUCUAUCGUAGAGAAAUAGAAUUACAGUAUUUGUAAUGUGUUAGACGUUUUGUAGAAGUGUAAUUAUUUUUCUUUAAUUUGAAUAAUACUACAACUUUGUGCUGUAUUUAUUUCGCAUAAAUAAAUCUGUACUCUGUUUACCUUAUUAUAUUCCCACUAUUAUUCCUAUUUAGACUUACAUGUAUUAUUUAUUUUUAGGAACUCGUACGACAAUCACAAAUCCAUCCCUUCGAACUCUAUAUUAAUAAUUCACUUCCUAAUUCGCCGCAGCAAAGAUGAUAGCGAGAAGAACGGUAAUGAACGUUCCAUUAAAAUCGAGAUUAAUAGUGUUUGAAGAGAAAGUGGUCUACCUAUCUCCACUUUACCUUACGGUCGAGUAGGAUGGUCUUCUUCUCGAAUGUUGUGGAAUAAUCAUACGCGGAUCGUCGGGUCGCGAACCCAGGGAACCUUCUCUCCACGCGAUUUCCCGUUCACCGUCGCGGUGUGUGUAAUUGUUGACGGAUAAAUAAAUCGGUCGCACAAAGGCUCCUCUGUCCAGCGACCGUUGCGCGACCCAGCACGCGCCACGAAAUUUAUGAUUCGACUAACAUAGAGAAGGAGAGAGAUAUAAAGAGACAGUUGGCCGAUGAUGGUCUGGCAAAACAAAGUCAUCGACACGCUAGGACCUUGCACUGUCGCAAUUUGGGAAUAGUAUGUCCAAAAACGUCGAGAGAGAGAGAGAGAGAGCGCUACUUUUGAGGGGACAUCAAAGAGACAUGUGAAUUAUUGGCUACCUACUAUCAAUACUACAAUAUCUUUUUAAAUCAGUUCCCUAUUUCUUACAUCUAUACUUAGUACCUAAAUAUUGUUGGACCUUCGUAUCGCGAGUCUGAUAGAACUGCAAAAUUCAAAGUGGCUACCACUCUCCCCCCAAGAGCGUACAGAGGCGGAUUCCGGAGCGGGGUGCGCGCCGAUUAAGUAUCUGGAGCGCGAACGAGCGAUGCGGUUUUUUGUCGGAAUUUCCGGUAGUGAUUUAUCAAACGGGAAAGAUCGUAUCUAACGGCGGGGAGCAGCCUGCCGGCAAGAAACGACUGCUCGUGGCCAGAGGGAACUAAGAAGCAGAGGAAGACGAAGAAGACGUAGAAGAAGAAGCCGUGGUUGAGGACGAUGCGCUCGCGAGUGUUGGAGCAAGCGAUCUCGCGCGAAGAAGCUCUACGUCGCUAUGCCAGCGAGUUAUCCAGUAUCCACGCUCGAGCGCUAUCAAGUGUCAAACGAACCGAACGUAAGAAAAACCAAACGGUCUGCCACGGAGUCGCAGCCAUGAAACUUUGAGAGAACGCAGCCGAACAAGAGAGAAACUCUAGAUGGUAUCCGUGACCGCGUCGAGGAUGCGCGCCACUUUCGGGGCCCUCUUCUUGCGUCACGCUCCUGACAGCUCGGAGAAACGCGGACGAGUGUCCUCGAGAAGUCGAGGAACCACGAUCCUUUUUCCAAACCUUUUCUCCCAAAGAGUUCGUUUCUGGGUAUACGCGAUCUCGAGGAGAUACCUCGAGAAUUCCACGAACUUUCUUCUAAUUGGUCCUUUUCGUUUUCAGAUUCGCGAGAGUUCUGACCAACACCUGUAACUGCUCUUCUGAGCUGGAGAUGGUGCUUUCGACAGCUGAGAGAAGAAUUAGGGAAGUUGAAGGGACGUCGGAGAACUGUGGAUCGAGCUGUGCAGUCGACCGAUAAAAUUUUUCCUAAUACGGGCCAUUCUUACUAUUCUCAUUACAAGAAUAUCAUUAUGUUACAAGUCGUACGUUACUGUUAAAAAAAUGUUCCCCUUCUGUAAGCACAAAAACGACAAUUUAAGUCAUAAAUUCAUUGUCAUCAAGUCAAGUUUGGUAGUUUAGCGCUAAGGAGCAACAAUGUUCAUCGAAGACGCAGUACACUUUCAAAUAAUCAACGUGUGUUUGUAUUUAAAUAACUGAUUUUUUAGACCAGCAGAACCGCGCCAUAAGAGCUAACGAGUUCCAAAUAUGGUCUUUUUUUGUAUAUGUAUACUGGUUCAGGGUGCACGGGCACGCUUCGGGUCACCGCAGUCGCUCGUAAAAAGACAAACGACUUGUUUCGUCUAAUAGCUCAAAACACCACCGCAGCUCGUUGCCACCAUCACCAUUGGACCCUCCAUAAUAAAUUUUCUUACGGUCCUGUCAAAAUAAAGGCACGAGAGAAGGAAUAAACUGGGUCCUCAGCUUACGAGUUCGAUACUAAAAUUCUAAAAUGCAGAAUGGCGAACCCAAUAUGGUCAACUUGCUACAAUGGUAUUAGAUUUGCAUGAGAAUUUGUUUAUAAGAAUCUUUGGGCCUCAGAAUUCGAAUCUGAUGUCAGACUUCCAAAAUUCAUCAUUUACAGUUUCAGCGUAUCUUGUUUGCAACAUCUUUUCUUACUAUCUUGCAGGACAGAUGGAAAUAUAAAUACACAUAGUACAUACGUCUUUCUAUUUGAUCGCUUAAAUAGGGUUAGUAGAUUUUUAGGUGAGUGAAAGUUCGAGUAAUUUUUUACUUGAAAAAGAUACGGUAGGCAAAAGUAAGCUCGAAAACCCUCUGGCCUAUUGGUUUGAAAUUCGAGAAGGAAACGUGUGUCGAGUCGAGUCCCAAUUUGCCAAGGGAUUUUUACGAGGCAUCACCGGAGACGAAGAGAAAUGCGGUAGCCAGGUUACGAAUCUGGAAUUGAAAUUUGAGCAACAAUGCGGUGACCUAAUUACACGAUGGGAGAAUCGAGUACAAGCUGUUUUGUAACGAAUAAAAUAUGCGUAUGUGUUUUUUAUUCCUUUCCUCAUAAUGCAUACAAAUCAUAACACGAAACGAGGGCUUUGAUUCGUUAGUAUUUUUGAGAAAUAAUUCAAGUCAAUGGCUAAUCGAUACAUUGUCUCUGGUAAUACAACAACCUAAGUAUAUUUUUUCUAAAAAUCAUUGAAAACUAGGAUAGCAACAAAUAAUCUUUGAUUAUCCAUCGCUAAUCCUCCACAUCUUUAAAUUUCCACGCGUAU